UUAUCCGCGCCAUCUCUGCCGCGUCUCUCUACAAAACCAGUGACGUCAUCACACACACCCAACACCUGUAUUCAGGAAAAAAACGGAGAAAUAAUUGACAACACAAGAGAUGUUCGUCCGUGCGCCACGGUUCGAUGCCGUCCGCAUGCUCUGGUUCCGCUGCUCCGGUGCCGCUUCUCCGGUGCCGCUGUGGCCAGUCCUAGCACGACCAAACUCGACCCGCUCCGCUUCGUACACGCUCUCGUUGCUGUCCAUCCCAGUCGGUCCCUCGUUCUCUCCCUCGUUGUGCACUUAGGGUUCUUGGUCUAAAAAUUCUCGCGCCGAAGGAUCAACCAGCCCAACCAGCUCGUCACCACCUGUCCCCUCCUCGUUUGAUGGCAAAACCAGGUUACUGAGACAGUACAGCUCCCUCUAGCAAACCUAGGGCCGUGUACAUAGUGCCCGUCCACCUUUCUGAUGACGUCUGCCUCCGCGCACAAAGAUGAGAUGGGCAUUGCUGCCUACACCGACGGCCUGGAGGCCCGCGC